CACAAUUGAGAAUGACUUCCGGACGGGAGCCGAAACGUCUUGAUUCUGAAAACAGCGUCCAGACGACUACGACUGAAACCUUUUCUACGAUGGACCACUCCUGGACGAAACAGGGACAACACCGUCUUAUUUUGAAAACUAUAAAACGUAAACAAUAUGUGUUGACGGCAGUAUAAAUAUAAUAAUAGCACAAAAACAAUAUAAUACUUCAAACUGAAUCUUUGACAAGAGAAAAGUCACAUUAACGUCCCCACCUCUGAUAAAAGCUAGCUGCCUACAGUCGAGCGUCUGUCUUUGUGGCUCUGCUGCCUUGUGUUUGUUACAAUGAGUGAAUCUAGACACGACGUUACGUUCAUUUAGCCGACUGUCUCGCCCGUGGUCCCGCACUCCAAACUGUCAAACACAUCCAGAACAUUUCAGAGGCCGGCAGUCUGUUUACAGUCAUUACGCUGAUGUUUUUGUAAUAAUGUGAUUCACUGAAGCUGAAAUGAGACUCGCAGCAGCUUUUAAAUCAGAUGUCAGCAGCUCAGACCUGUGCGAGGGUUAAACACAGCUCUGCAGAGUCAGUCAGGACGAAUUCGCUCUCACUGCAAACGCCAAAAUCACUGCCGCCACAUCCUGCAUCACACACCACCGCGUCUGCCUCGCCACCGCACGCUUCCUGUAUCUGUGAAAAAAAAAAAGACUGGAAAAUAAAACAAAUAAAAAACACUGGAUGAAGAUUUGUCAGGUGGAGUGAGCAAGCAUUGGUCACUUUACGUUGAGAUCAUUUCCUUUUUGUUCUCUCUUUUUGUAUUUUUGAGGAAUGACUUUGACACUGUUUGAUGAUACUGAGAGGAUUCACGCUUUGUUCUGAUUGGUUGUGUGUAGUACGAAACAGGAAGCGGGUUGCUGUGACUAACACCAUGAUGACACAAAGAUUGUUCCGUGUUUUUCUUUAUUUCUUUUUGUACAUUUUAAAGUGUUUUUUUUUUCUUUUUUUGUGGAAUUAUUUUAACACGCAGGGCGACUUCGUGGCGGCGUGUCGCUGUCAACGUGUCUGAUAUUUGAACUGCUGCGCGCAUGAUGUCAUGAUAAUGAUGUCAUAUUUUUAUUUAACCUUUAAUUAGAUUUAUAUAUUAUAAUAACACUGGCAGUUACAGGUUCCUGACACGACACGGCGCAGCAGGUUUUACUCUGGAUUUGAACAGAUGUUUCUUUGGACUGAGAGGUCAGACUGAGGUCAGAGGUCAGACUGAGGUCAGAGGUCAGACUGAGGUCAGAGGUCAGACUGAGGUCAGAGGUCAGACUUGUUGACGGUGACUCACCUGUCCGAAGCCGCCCUGCUGCUGUACAUACUGAACACACUGACUGACAGUAUAAUUAUUGUUGUUUUCAUAUCUGGAUGCAGGUGAUGUAACAGAUGAAUGGUGAUGUGACUGAUUAACCAUGAGUUACAAUAAAGAGCAUUUCUAUUUGCUUUGAGGAGGCUGCGUUAACAUUUCUGUACAUUGUAUUCAUGUGAUAAACUACAAAAAGCUUUCAUUGUAAACAUUUUAUUCACAGAAUUAAUGUUAUAUUCACAAACCGGACUAAGAGUCUGCAGCCAUGCUGGCAGCUCUGUGAGCUAAAUGCUAACGUCUGCAUGCUAACAUGCUCACUGUGACAAUAACGUUAAUGUCAUCAGCUCUGCAGGUAUUUGGUCAUGAACCAAAGUGUCGGACACGUUAACGUGUCGACCUGAUGGUGGCGCUAGAUGGAAAGUCAGAGGAUCAGCAGAGUUAUUACAGUUCAUCCUGAGGGGAGCGUGAACGACGAAGCAUGUUUCAUCGCAGUCCAGCAGCUGCUGGUGUUUCAGUCUGAACAACGUGGCGGACGGACCGACAUCUUGCUGCUAACGUGGCUAAAAAGACUGGCAGACUUUUCUAAUAAUACUCAAAUGACAGGCGUUAAAUGUAUCAUUGUAUCGAGGUGGUUAAAUCUGGACGUAAUGAGUGUGUUGGUCCGCCCUCUGUCUCCGCCCUCGUGUGCUGAUGUCACACGGAGGCGGGACCUCGACCAUCAGAGCUGAAACUUCUUCACACAGAGCAGAGAGAGGAAGUUCGCCGAGGAGGAGGAAAGCGUCUCUCUCUCUCUGUUUCUGUCAGUUGUUUGAUGUUCUGGACUCUGCAGCAGAGAGAUGAGACUGAAGAUCAGCAGCUAACGAGACAACAGGCAGACAUGGACAAACAGAAAGUGCUGGCCAAGCUGAUCUGGGACCUGCAGUCCUUCUUGUCUGUUCUGGACUCAGAGAACCUGAGUUACAUCGCUCAGUCUCAGAAGAAAUCCAUCUCAGAGCUGCUGUCCAAACUGCAAACACACGACACUCCUGUGGAAGAUGCUGAGUACAUGAUCAUGAGCUGUCCGUCAUCGUCUCCUAGCAACGAGCUGACAGACACACCUGGGACAGAAGGUGUCCGGUCCUCUGCGCUGGUCUUAAAGCAGGACUCAUCUGUGUGGCUGAGAAACGGGGGCCCUGUAGUGCCGCCCCUCCCUCCAGGGGGUCUAGGAGGUGACGAUGAUGACGAAGAUACCUACGAGGAGGCAGAACCUUACGUAGCUGACACAACCGCGUCCAACACUGAGAAGGCGGAGUCAGACAGCAGUCACUACGAGUCGUACGGGGAGGAAGAUGAUGACGAGGAGCCCGUGAAGGACAGGGCUCACUACAUCCAAUGGAGCGCCUCCCAGCCCUGCCUAAGACCCGCCCCCGAGUCCCGCCUCUGUGGUUACCUGUGGAGGAGGAAGUGGCUCGGGCAGUGGACCAAACAGCUGUUCUUCAUCAGGAACGACAUGCUACUGUGUUAUAAGUGUGCUCAGGACCUGCUGCCUCAGCUGGAGUUGAACCUGCGCGGCUGUCAGCUCGUCUACAAGGCGAAGAGCAACAGGAAGAUCCAGCACCAGCUCAAACUGGUCCCGCUGGGCUCGGAGACCCUGGUGCUGGGCUACAGCAGCUUCCAGCAGGCCGACGAGUGGAGGACGGUGAUAGAGGAAGUGAGCGUUGGAGGUGAAGCGAAGACUCAGAGCUCGUUGUCUCUGAUCAGAUCAGACCAGCUGCUGUCCUGCAGGUCCAGUACAGUCCAGACUGAGUCAGGGGAGGAGACACCUUCAGCUCUCUGCAGCCUCAACAAACACAAAGGUUUCCUGAGUGUGCUGAUGAACUGUCAGUGGCAAAGUUUACUGUGUCAGGUGGAGGCCGGUCUGCUCAACAUGUUCGGAGAGGAGGAGGAGGAGGUGAAGGAGGAGGUGAAGAGGGAGCGGUCGCCUCAGUACACCGUCCAGCUCAGAGGGUGUGAGGUCAGAGCCGGGCCCGACACCGCCCACUCCUACAGGAUCACACUGAGCAUGCUCGGUGACCAGGUGGCUGUGCUGGAGCUCAGUAGUUCAGAUGAAAAGGAGCGAUGGUUAAAGCUGCUGCAGGACGGCGCUGCCAAUCACAGUCACCAUGACAACAACACACAGGAGCACACAGGUGGAGCUCUCAGUGGGCUGUGGACUCGAAGGUUUCCCACCUCCAACACUUACAUGGACGACCCCUUCGAUCUGAGUGGAACGGGCCGAGAACAGCCCAUCUACUCCAACAGCUCCAUACUGGAGCACAUGACAGGAAGUCGGUGGAAGUGGAACGAGGCGUUCAGAAGCUGGAGCUGACCGGGAAGAGGACGGUGCAGCUGAGGGCGGGGUCAGAGAUCAACCUGGCGUCUGCCGGGAAGCAAAACAAACGCACCUCUUUCAGACAGUCGCUGGCCGUCUGCACUGAGCGCGCUCAGGCGGGUUUCCUGAACCCUCUGCUGCGACGGACGGCCUCGGCUAAAAACUCUCUGAGACGAGCUCCUUCGGCGCUGUUCAUCGAACAUGGAAAGGUUUUCCAGAGGAGGAAG